GCAGUUGCAAUUCGGAGCUGCAGAGCUUCUCUUGCAUUAUGGACGGAGGAGUUGUUCUUUUAGGACUGUUGCUGCUAGCUGCAGCAUCGCAAAAGAGUUCCACACCGCAAGCCUCGCCGGCCGUCCCUACGCAGGUUUCGAUGUUAGAACUCGAAGAAGAUCGUAAUUCAUCUGAGCAUCUUGAACUGCAGGAAUUAUUAAACCAGAAAGGACAAUUAGAAGCUGAAGUUCAAUUUCACGAUGAAUCUAAAAAUCAAUCAUUCAACGUAGGGUGGACACUAGACAUGAAUUCCACUUCAUCAGGAGAACUCAACGAGUCACUUCAUGGGCCAACUACAGCAGAGCCUCCAAUGAGUACAGACAUAUUCACAGUUAAAAAUAAUUCUCAAGAACCAGCGGCAGCGAGCGCGGGCGGCGCGCCUGGCUUCCACUUCCACGCGGAGGCGCUGCCGUGGCUGGACGCCGUGCGCGCGUGCUGGCGGCGGGGCGGCCGCCUGGCCGCGCCCCACUCGCCGCGCGAGGCGCGUGCCCUGGGGGAGCUGCUGCGCGCCGCGGCGCCCCACACGCCCGCCUUGCACGUCGGCGUCAGCGACCUCGACGGGGGCCGCUGGGCCACGCUCCAAGGCUAUGACGUGUGGCUGGGCAACCACAGCAGUGUAGCCGGUCGUCCCAGCUGCGCUGCACUUGUACCCAACGGCCUGUACAUUCGCAGCAGCUGCGGAGCUACCCGUCCGUUUGCUUGCGAGAUGCCCGUGGUGGCGGAUGGCUACGACCAGCUGCCCGGCUUAGGACAGUAUCGCAUCCACCCGGCCCCGCUGCCCUGGCUGGACGCCCUGGGCGUGUGUCGCGGCGAGGGCGCUACGCUGGUGGCGCCCGCCUCGCCCCUGGAAGCGGGCUUUCUGGCGGGCGCCUACGUCUUCAACAGCCCACAUGCCCACGUGCGAGAACACGGUGUGUUCGUCGGAAUUGCGGACUACGCAAACGAGAACGAUUGGCAGACUGUUGCAGGGAGAAGGUCUCAAGACUAUUACAACUCUUGGAGCUCAGAAGAGGACCACGAUGGACAGGGAGGCAACUGCGCCGUGUUGAAAUCGACAGGAAGGUACGAAAGGCACCCGUGCGAGGAGCCUGCGGCGUUCUUCUGCAAGCAAACCCGUUUCCCUGGCAACGCGGAGUCAGUCAGUGGAUACCAAACCAUCCCUGGAGUGGGGACCUACCGCCUGCACACAAGCAGGGCUACGUGGUUCGAAGCCUUCCUCGAGUGCCACAAGGAGAACGCGACGUUGGCGGCACCUCACACGCUGCAAGCCGCUCAAGAGCUCACUGCAUGGAUUCGGGGGGCGCUAGAAGGAGAUUCGUACUUCCAUGUCGGAUACCAUGACAUCGAUGGGGAUGGUACAUUUGAAUCCAUAUCAGAGCAUACUGACAUAACCUUUAAUGAAUGGUGGAGCGGAUAUCCCAGACGAAAUGGAGAUCGCUGCGUGAGCAUGAACAGAGGCGUCUUCUUCAAUUACCCAUGUAAUACAUUUCAAGCAUAUUUUUGUGAAAAAAUUAAUUAAAUCUUAAUUAUAAUUUGGAAAAUAAUGAUUUAUAAACAUGAUUUAAUUAGAGACAAAUACGGCUAUCGUAAUUAUUUCCAGAAUACAAUAAAUGAGUUUUACAUAAAAGUUUUUUUUAUUUUUUUGUAUUUUUUUGUUAUAUUCGUAUAUGCCCAUAAAAUUGUAAAAUUUACAUAAGGAAGCCUGGUAGAUGUAAGGAUACUAUCCUAUUGUGCUUAUAAGAAAAUUAUGAUUUUAUCCUGGUAAUGGCAUAUUUUUUUAUUUAGAAAUUCUAUUUUUAAAAGUACGCAAAUAUUACUUACAUAAAUUAAAAGGUAUGCAAAGAAAAAGUAUGUAGAUGAGACACUUUAGGUGAAAAACACCCUAUCGUGUUACUUAUAAUUCUAUCAAUAAAUAAUUUAUUUGGCCUCAUAACGAAUAGAAGAACGAUUUUUUUACCUUCUUAAAAUUUCGUAGCGACCUCUGUACCAUAGCAACUGUGCUCAUUCCCUAGAGUCGGAGCACAGUUGUAGACGCGGAAGGCCAUUAGCAUUAUUUGUGAACAACGCGUGCACUACAAUUCUGAAGGUUGGCAAUCGUGCAGAGAUUCUGUCGGCCUCAAGGCGCGCGAGAUGCAGGUCUGCCAAAGUUUGCACUCCAAUUCCGCUCAUUCUCAACUUUGGUUUUCUGUUCGUUUGCAUCCAAAAAAGUAGACGUUUUACUUUUCCAUACUUUACAUCAUCAUUCAAAUAAUCAUCUCUAUAACUCAUUAAGCACAAUAUUCUCGAAUUUCUACGUCCGAGUAUAAGAAGGGAAAGCGAAAACAAGCUGCUUUGCAGAAACAGGUGCAUGUCCAAGCAAAAUGACAUAAGAAACAUUUGUUCCUCUAAUAGACGAGAAUAUGUCGGUGUGUCUUUUUUCCCGGAAAAAGGUAGUGGACACAAAGGGUGGUUUCGCGUUUCAAAAGAUGACAAUACUCUUCAAAGCUAAAUUCGCUGGUCUUAAUUUUUAUUAAACAAUAAAAUAUAAAGUGGUAUUUUUACACAUUUAUUAAUUAUUAUUUAAAGAGUGCAGUAAUGGGGAAAAUAAUUUGACUUGUGUCUGUAAAUAAAAUUUUGUGUGGUACAAACUAAUAGUGUGUUUUAACGGCAUUUUAAAUUUCUGUUCUAAUAACACGAAGCACUGUAAAGAGUACAACAGUUAAUUUCAUCACUUCCUCCUUUCUCGUACACAGACGUAUAUGGGAAGUUAAAAAUGAAGUGUAAGAGAAAGUAAUGAAAUGUUGCAGAUCAUCGAUAUCAAAAUUGUAAUAGAAAUAUAUUUUGUACAAAUAACAGUUAAAUCGUCAAACAUUUAUUUUCGUGAACCAAUAAUUGAUUCAUUACAAUAUAAUUGCUUUCAAUAACCGUUUACAUAGAAUCAAUAGUUUAUAUAUAUAUAUAUAUAUAUAUAUAUAUAUAUAUAUAUAUAUAUAUAUAAUGAAAUAUUUUAUUG